AUGCCUCAGCAGUCCAGACAAGGGCCCCCAGCUCAGCAGAGGGCUCCCCAGGCCAGAGUGUACAUCGUGGCCACUAUGGAAGCAAAACAGGACCCCUUGCAGACUAGCCACGGUACUGGCCACGUUAACGGUACCCCUGUACUUACUCUUUUCGAUUCUGGUACAACUCUGUCAUUUAUUGAUUCUUCUAUUACAUCUAGACUAGCAUUGAACACCACUAAGAUGCAUGUUCCCUUAGUUGUAGCAUCUCCUAUGGGCAAGUUUGUGGAAACCGAUAAGGCAUACAGGUCAUGUCCCAUCACGCUCGUAAAUCAUGAGGGGAGGGGCAAAAGCCGAGAGUUCGAGAGCUUGCAAGCUCUAGAGGAAGCUGAGCCAGUGGAAGUCACCAUCAGACGGAUACCGGUAGUCCGAGAUUUCUCCGAAGUAUUUCAAGAAAUACUAGGGCUACCCCCUAGAAGGGCGAUAGAAUUCUGCAUUGACCUCAAGCCAGGAACUGCUCCUAUAUCACUCCCUCUAUUUCGCAUGCCCCCUUACAAGAUGGAGGAGCUAAGGAGCUAG